GCUAUUAAACAAGCUGCAAGCAAGUGUACCUUAUAAAGGAAUUGGGUUGGCAGAAAAAUCAGAAGAUAUAAUAAAACUACUACUACAACAACAUAAAGAGGCUGCUUAUACAAGAGAUGGAUAUGGUCUGACCCCUCUACUUCAAGCAGCCAUACAUUGUCAUCUUUCAGCAAUUGAAAUUAUACUUAACGAGUGUCCCGAGUGUGCUGAAAUAUGUUCUCCAAAGGGCGAGACAAUAUUGCAUCUUAUAAAAUUUAGAAGCUACGACGAGGUGAAGAAACUUAUGGAGAUUCCGCAGAUUGUUAACUUGAAGGAUCAACAAGACGACAUGGGAAACACUCCGGCAUACAUAGCUGUAAUGAAUUGCAAGGCAAGCAUUACUGAAGAACAUAAAGAGUUCACAAUUAAUGAUAUUGGUGUUAUAAAAGCGUUACUAGAAUCAUCAACAAAUUUCGCUAUAAAAAAUAAGCAAGGUGUUUCAGCUGCGGCUCUUUUUCAACAACUUGAAGCUCAUUUCUCCGGUAAUGUAAAACUACAUGAGUUUGAUAUGGACAUUGACGAAAGUUUAGCAAAAAUUAAACAGAAACAAAACGAGUUUCCUAUAUGGGACGAUGUGGAAAAUGCAGAUAUGAAUUCGUUAAGAACAAGGAUGGACAUGUUAUCGUCCUGCUUAUUAAAUGGAACAUUGAGAUUACCAGAUCUCUUUUACAUAUUACUACGAAACCUCGAUCGUAUAUGCUACAAUGAGGUUGAAACACUUAUCAGGGACAUUUUAGAAAAGAGUCCUGUUCUCAUAUCUCAAACUACGUCUAGAGGGGACAAUCUACUUCAUAUUAUAGCGCGCAUGCAUCGUGAUUUUGAAAUUGAUCCUGAUGUUCCUCAGCCUCUACUAUAUCUAAUUAAACAAUGUUAUGAGAGGGUUGAACAUGAAGUUUAUUUCUCACCAUGGAGGAUGAAGAAUAGGGAAGGAAAUACGCCUCUUCAUGAAGCACUUCUAUGUGCGGCACCAAAAGCUAGAGCCAUUAUAAGUUUUCUGAUUAACUGUGAUGCAAGUGUUGCUGCAUAUGUGAACAACCAAACUGAGACACCACUUCAUGUUCUUUGUGGUAGUCAAUAUAAAGUUGAUGACGAGUGCAUGAUCAAGGAGAUAAUCGAUGCAAAUCCUUUGGCUCCUUAUAGUCGUGAUGCACAUGGUUUCACCCCUUUACUAAGAGCAGCCAAAAGAGGGCAGGUUGACGUUGUUAAACAUAUAUGUCAAAUGUCUUCCGAUUCAGCACAGCUAAGAGAUGGUGAGGGUAAGACAUUUUGGCAUUUGAUGGAUAUGUCAGGGGUAAGUACUGAAACAGAAAAAGAAAUAGGAAGGGAGUUAUACAAAAUUGAAAGCAUUAAGAAACUAUCAAGUGCAUUGGAUAAUGAUAGAAAUACACCACUUCAUCUAGCUAUUGUAAGCAAGAACUACAACCUCGCGCAAGUUCUUAGUGAAAACAACAAAAAUAAGGUUUAUGAGGAGUUGAUGCAGCUGGAGAACGAGGGUGUUGAUCAGUACAGUUUUCAUAUCCUACGAUAUGCACAUCAUCUUUCUGAACAGGUAGAUAGAUAA